GUGUGUCCCUCAGUGAUCACCUGCCCUGCCUCUGAUGAGUCCUACCUGUGUUGCUCUUCACCACGUGGAGUCUUCAUCACUCGUCACUGAUGAAGAGAGAGGAUAGUUUCACUUCAUCUCCAGUUUAUAGAAAGAGGCUGUUGAUCUGCUGUCGGUCUGCAGCUACUUCCCUCGCCCGCUUCUCUCCUGAAACACCAACACUUCCCUCAGUCUCUGCAGCUUCAGCUCCGGAGCCGUCGACCGGUGGAAACUGUCCGGCUGCUGAGUCCGGUCUCUGUCCGGAGGGUGAUGAGCCAGAGGAGACGUGGAGGAUGUCGUGGGCACAUUCUGAGGAACCAAGCCUCACUGCAGCACCCAGGGUCCGACUCCAGUUCUGAUCACACUGCCUGGCUCAAAAGCAACUGAGCAGCUUCACAAAGCUUCCUGUUGAUGCUAAGUGUUGCAUAUUCAUAGCAGCAGUGUGGAUGUGGUGGAAAAGCAGCAUCCACGCUGACGCCACUCAAAGGGGCUGAAGCCACAUCCUUAGUCACGCCGCUGACGCCUUCGCUGUGACACACGCUGAACCCUGUUCCGCUAAACGCUCUCACACAGACAGCAGCCGUGACUCAGGCAGCUCAGGGGCACAGCUUCUCAUUUUGACAAAUAAGAACGGAUAUUUCUAUGUACAGUUUCAGCUGCUGUGUGUCCUCUCGUCGAAGCGGCUGGUAACACUGGCUCGUCCCCAUGGCGCUGAAGGCUGUUUCUUUAUUGUUACUGUGGGAAAUCACUCUGCUGAUCCACUGUGUCACGUCUUUGUGUAAUGUCACCUGCUCGACGGACUAUGAUGUGUCACUGAAUUGCUCCUGUUCAGGAAUAAGCACACAUCCCGUCCUGGUGCAAGUCAGCUGCAGUGACACCGAAAGCGUUGUUAACGGCAGCUGUGAGGUCAAAGGGCCUCGGUCCUGGUGCGUCAUGAACCCGACGGAUCUCGAUAUGCUCACAAGCGUCGGGACCAACUGCAACGCGACUGCCAGUCACCAGGGGGAUCGAGAACUAACGCAGGAGACCGAGUCCUCCAGCUGGGCUCUGAGUGAAGUGGUGAAACCUCCGCCUCCUUCAGACGUUCGAGUGACGAACACUGACGGACGCUACAACUUCUCAUGGGCCAACCACAACUGGACCUACUGUCUCCAGUACCUGCUGCGCAUAAGAGAGAGCAAACACCCGUCAAAGGUUCGAAAGCACAAACAGAAGGCUCCGUUUCCUCCCCUUCUCGUGAAGUCCCAGCACACCUGGCUGUACCACAGCAAACUCCGGCCGGGUGUGAACUACACUGUGGAUGUUCAGGCCAAAAUAUGCAUUCCCCACUUCCUUCAGGGUCCGUGGAGCGAGUGGAGCGCUGCCGUGGACUGGAGGACAGAAGGAGCUCCUGUGGAGGAGGAAGGGAUGAAUGGAUAUCCUUGGUUGGUUCUCAUCCCCAUCAUUACUGUCUUCGGCAUCUUUUUGUGGUGUUUCAAGAAACACUUUUUGACCAAAGGACUCAAGGUGGUGACGUUCAUCCCCAGAGCAAACGUGUUUUUCGAGCCUCUGUACCACGAACACGGAGGAAACUUCAAGGAGUGGGUGAAGCCUAUAUUCAGUGAGUACGACUACCUGCGGAUGGAGUCUCACGUUCAGCUGAUGAGCGAGAAGCACUACGACGUCCCUCAACGGAGCGAGGAGAAGAAGAGCUUCAGAGAGGUCAACGAGGCCAGUAAUGGCGGCCACCUCCUCCACGUGCUGCAGCCUCAGAGCAGCUUGCCGCCGCCCUUCCUCUGCGACGGCAGCUCGCAGGGCACCGGCCACUCCGCCGGACACGUCUCCAUCCACACGGUCACCCUGUCCGGAGAGGAGUACGAGGAGGAAGCCAUGUCGCAGAGCUCCGUGAACACCCUCGCCAGCUACCAAGACGGAGAAAGCUUCGGGUCGUUCGAAGAGGUCGACAGCGAGCAUGCUGGGUACGAUUCAGAGGGACCUCAGCUGGACGGGCCAAGUGCGAUGUCACCAGAGUAUGAAGACAAAAUGUCCAUCGAGUUAUCAGAAGUGGGAAAGAUAAACUUUCAGCCACGUGCUGAGUUCAACGAGCCGGAGAGGAUUUCCCUCGACUCCUUCACCUCCAACGAGCAGUCGGAGGACGGCUACCCUCGGGUGGACCUGGACACCAUUGACAGUGGCUUUGCAGAGUGCAGCAGCCCCGGGGCCUCGGACACAGCGGAGCACAUGGACUCCGACUUAUUUCAGGAGCAAAAAAACUCAAACUCAAACUAUGUGAGGCAGUGGAUGAUAUGUAACAUUAUUCAGGAGGACGCCAGCAACUCAGACUGUGAACUGCGUGAAGCACAGUGAUGAUUAUCUUUCAUCGCUGCAUUGCAUUCAGCUGCGUUUAUGCAGGACUGUGACUUCAAUGCAACACUUCCCCCUCUUUACAGACACAGUUUGGAGUUCUGUGGGUCGUGCAUUUAAAACACGGACGUCGUUGUCGGUAUUUUCUUUUGUUUUAUAAUCGUUGUUUGUGUUUAAAUAUGGUUUGAAAAUGGUCUUUUCCCUUCAUGUCUCUUGCGUUGAGUUUCUCAAAUGCUCAUUCAAUGCAUCAGUUGGUCCAUUAACAGGUCGUAACAAAGCAAUGAGCAUCUGAUAUGAUUUGCAUGGCACCCUGCAACACAGAAUCAAAACUCUGCAUUCAUGCUUUGUGCAUAAUAUCUUUGUCAUUCUGUCUCGGUCUCACGUUCUCAGGCUUCUUCCUGCACCAAUGCGUGCUGCCUUAUCAAGAUGUCUGAUAGCGUUCUUGUAAAGGACCAUUAUCUGUCAUCACUGCAACCACCCGUCCUGUUUUGUGCAAUGUCCCUCAUCUCUAAACACAGUGAUUAUUUCUGAGGUGUGUUUUUUUUAUAUCAGUUUUACUCUUUCACCAAAUGUUAUAUUCGUUUGGUAAAUGCACAACUGUGGAGGUGCAACUGCAGGAGCUGGCAAAAGAUUUAAAAAAAGACUAAACUUAUGAAACUAUGAUGUUUUUGAGUAAUUCAUGGCUGUUGAUGAAGCAUCUGCAGGGACCGAUAUGAGUGUGUGAUUUAGUUCAGCUUUAUUGAAUUUAAGGGAAUUGUUUGGUUUUGCAGUUGUAUCAGAUCUAGUCAGCGCCAUUCUAAUUGGUUGGUUUGUUGCUUUCGUUAUUAGCAGGACAAUGCUUGAAUGAAUUUCCUCUCAAUUUGGUGGAGGGGUGAGACCUGGGCUUUUUAAUGAAUCCAUCACAUUUUGGUGCAGAUGUGGAUUAAGGGGAAUUAGAGAUCUGCACUCUAUUAUUCUAAUUCUGUUUUCUCUGUCUUAAAUUCCAUGUAAAUAUUAAGUUGGGUUUGGAUGUUGUGGUGUUUGUUUCUCCUUGGUGCUCUGUGUGCUCAGACUGUGCCUGCAGAUGUCAAAAUAAAAGAAAGAAUCAUGAUUAGAGAAGCUGAUGCACGUUCUUCAAGACAAGAUAUAUUAAUAAUUCACCUCUACAAAAAUGACAAUGAAGAAAAGCAUGAAAAAAAUGAUCAAGAAAUGACACCAAAAAAAACACAAAAAAAAAACACUGAGGUUUCACUUCCUGUGAUGCAACUGAUAAUAAAUUGAGCCUCAGUUCAUCUCAUUCAGUGUGUGAGCCACCAGCAGCACCAGGGCAGCCCCUCAGGUAACAGCACAUUUCCAUUCUCUACCAUCAUGACAACUAUAUAGAUUUUCUUGUCUUUUUCUUGAAGAUUAACUUAAUAAAUUGUUAUAUUUAACUCUA